AUGACGAAAACGUCAGAAGCCAGAAAAGAUGAGCAAGAACAACAACAAGAGGAGAAAGCGCUGGCCAUAUGGGAUUUAGGCAGUCCUUUAUAUGACUCGUAUGAAUUGGUGUCACUCACUCAUCUCAUUGAACGGCACCUAAUGACACUGCCAUCUCUUGGAGGAUCAAAAAGGCUCUCGUCGACCAAGAAAAUAUCUCCAGCAUCCGAUCAUGAUCAUGAUCUUCUUGUCAUCCCUGCUGCAAUAUUCGUGUCAAAUAUGGGCACCAAAAGAGAAACUAAACGGGUAGGUUCUUCUGUAUUGAACACCUUGAGUGAAUUUGUGAGGAGAAAGUUGUGGAUAAAGAGGAAGAUUGGAUCAUACAGCAAGAAGGGUAAGUCCAAGAAGUUGAAAGCAGCUGGACAUUCUUGUAUUAGGUUUGGUUUGUGA